AUGGCACUGCCCGACCUGCCAUCAAACUACCUUAAGGCUCUCGAGCUGAUUGACGAGGCCCACAAGCAAGACCCCAGACCCUCGACCGCCGCCGCCGAUAUCACAUUUGAGCUUCACUAUGCCCACAAAAUGACGCGCUGGCUGGCGGUGCGAUGUCCCGCGGCGCCCCCCGUGCUGCAGCUGGCCUGCCGAGCCCAGCAUUUCAGGAGAUGGGAGAUCCCCCGCAACACAUACCCAAUGACGCGCCCGGGCUACCUCACCUGGCGCGCCAAGCUCAAGUCCCAGGCCGCGACACAGGUGGCCGAGCUGUUGUCCUCGUCCGCGGAGAUCCAGCCGCCGCUGCCCGCCGAGGACGUCGACCGCGUGGCGGCGCUGAUCCGCAAGGAGAACCUGAGCAAGGACGAGGAGACGCAGGUCCUCGAGGACGUCGCCUGUCUGGUCUUCCUCGACGACCAGUUUGACGACUUCGAGAGCAAGGAGGAGAUUGACGAGGCCAAGAUCAUUGGCAUCCUGCAAAAGACGUGGGCCAAGAUGAGCGAGCCCGGCCGCCAGAUCGCGCUCAAGAUGAACCACAGCGAGAGGGCGCUGAGUCUGAUCGGGAAGGCCUUGGCGGGGUGA